AUGCCUCACCCGCCGCAGCAACACGACCAGACACGCCGGAGGUCAGUGGGCAGUGCUGGCAGCUCGUCAGCUUAUACAGGCCAUCCAGAGCAACACCCAGCUGUAUCCGGGCCGACAAACACAUAUUCUAGCCGUCAGAUGCCUCCUCCGUCCUCUCCGCAGCACUAUCACCACCGGGGACCAGCCAUUCAGCCCUCUCAGCCAUCGUCGAUACCCCCGUCCUUCGCCUCCCGAGAACUCGCGGUCACAAACCCGGCACACAGGCCUGGAAGCAGCAUGUCGAUAUCGUCGAUGCUCGGCUCAGAUGCUGAUCGUCCGCUGCGGGAGAGCACGUCCGGCUCUAUGUAUUCACGCUCUCCCGCAACGUCGAUACCUGCAGCCAGCACCGGACCACCGCCGCCUCCCUCGCUUCCCCCUUCCAUGUCUCCGCCGUCUGGCCCCAGCAGGCAGCCAUCGUCAGAGUAUCCUCCUUUCCGAAGAUCACAUACCCCGGAUGGCGGUCCAUUUUCAAAACCGCUCACUCCCCGGCCAUACCGGUCAAGAUCCGGGGGCAGUUCCUCUGGAAACCCCCAGGCAGCCACGGAAGAUUCACGGUUUACUGGGCCUCGGCAAGGGUCCAACGCACCCCAACCACAGCUAGGAGCCCCUAGAUCCCCACGAACGGCUUAUUCGGAGUCAUCAUAUCACCAUGACCGACGUAUGAGCCUGGGAGGCCCGGCGCCACGAGCCAACCCCCCAGGUCAUCAUCAUCGAUCCGAGGAACCUCCGUCACGACCGCCGUUGUUUAGUCCUCCAGUAAGAUUGGCACCGGGAUUUGCUGAGGGGACGCAGAAGGAGUCGAAUAACCAGCGGGAGCAGCAUGGGUACCCGGGUAGUUUAGAACCUCCUCCGCGACCAUCGUCUAGGUUUAGUGAUCCCUCCCAGGAUCGACAGGAACAUCGUGACCAGCAACCUUACCAGCAACAUGGCAUCCAAGAACAUACGCACCAUCACCACCACCACCAUCACAACCAACACUCACAGUCACAGCCACAUCAUCAGCCACAUCGAUACGGACCUCAUGCUUCGGAGCACGAAAGCGAUCGACCUCAGCGGCCUCCUUGGGAAUCGAAUUAUCAGCGUGUAUCUCCCGAGUCAGCCCGCUAUAGCGCCGCGGAGUCAAGCACAGGCUACGGAUUUGGAUCUAUUCAGAACUACACGAAGUCGCUAGGCUCCCAACUAACCGCACCACGCUCCAUACCCGGCCAACCUCAACUCCACCCACGACAAGACGCAACUCCUUCAAGCGACUCGUCGCCGAUCAUGAGUAGGAGCAGACCACCACCUUCAAACCCGCCUCGCCUGUUUUCGCCAGUACCAGGUUCUACUGGCCCUCAGUCGUCGUUUGGAGGCUCGUUUGCGGACGAACAGCGUGCUCGCGGAGGCACGGAGGAACCGCCUCACCACAAAAGUGUAUUGAGUAUAAAUGCGGAAGCUAAACGGGGCGGGAGGGCAUCCCCGCUUCCACAGGCCGUGCAGGGUGCCCAGGCCCAGAUUAUUGACCCGGCUACCGAGUCUGGUAUAAAGAGUGAACUAGGCCGAGUGUUCUCCGGCAUUGGCAGCGGUGUGGGAGUAUCCAGUUCGGUUUCUCUGGGCGGAAGUGGGCCUUCGACGCCGCUGUCGGCGAGUCCGUUCAAACGGAACCAUGGCGACCGGCCCAUGAACCAAGAGCUAAACGGCGAGGGCUCGUUCGGUACCGGUAAAGGCACGGCUUCUGCGCCAGGCAGCAUCAAACGUGGCCGAAGAGUGAAGGAGGAAGAUGGCAGGGACGAAGCUGAAUCUGCUACUGCUUCUCGUGGACGAAGAGGACGGCACGUACACCACCACCACCAUCACGGCCAUCAUCACCACCAUAAACACCGAACCGACGAUGAACAAUCCGUCUUUUCUACCGCAAGCCAAGGCCCUCAGCUAGCAGCCCCCUUCCGGCCGCAAUCCGGUCCUGGCGAUAGCCCAGCAUCUACCGGAACAGUCUCUACCUCCCAUCACCACCAUCACCACCAUCACCAUCACCAUCACGGCCCACGAGCAGCGCCUGGCAGCGGUAUUCCGCAUCACCACCACCCAGCUCCUCCCGCAGCACCGAUGAAAGAGUACAGCACAACAGUGAAUCUAGAACCGCUGCUGAAAAGUGUUAGUCAUCUUCCUCGCUACCACCUAGGCUCUACGCUAUAUGCACCGCGCAUCGAGAUGCCAUCCUCCAGAGCGCCUCCUGAAUCUUCGAAAUUCGGGUACAACUCAACACCCAUACCGAUUCCGCGAUUUGACGGAAAGGAAAACUGCACCUUCACGAUCCGUGUUCCUCGAUUCCGGAUUGAUUCCAGCCAUCGCGAGGAAAUAUGUGCUCGCCGGGCUCUGUGGGGAACGGGCGUAUACACGGACGACUCAGACCCGGUGGCAGCAGCCAUACAUUCCGGCUUCAUCCGCGGCGAAUGGGCUGAAGAUGUCGACGUGUCGAUGCUCAAUCUGGAGCUCAAGAACGGCCGCCAGUCUCAACCAGCGGCCACUACCAACGGGAGCAGCACGGCUAUCGCCAAGACGACGUCUUCCAACGGCAACACCCCGUCAGCGCACAGCAACAGUACCAAAUCCGAUCCAGCAUCGACGGCGCAGUCGGAUGCUCCCCAUCAACCACCCGCCGCCGCUGAGCCGUCAGAAGACAAGCAGCUGCCCCCUAUCCCACCACCAGACAAGGACCUGCACAUCAAGCUGCUGAUCCUACCUACGCUGGAACGAUACGAGAGCAGCGUGAUGUACGGUCUCAAGUCCCGGUCCUGGGGCAAGAACCACGACGGAAUGAGCUUCAAGGUGGAAGAGAUCUCCUGGGUCGACGAGGGCGCCUCCAAGGGCGAGGAGAGAGGCGGAGAGGCUCGCCGUAAGCGGCUGCGAAACAUGAUGCGCAGCGGCCGUAUCUGCACGCCUGCCGGCCUCCAGGGCCGCAAGGGAGUCGAGCUGCAUCUCUCCUCCAACCGCGACCCUGACACGACCAUGAAGGACGCAGAGGAGGCCUCCGUCCCAACCUCGACGUCGACGGCCGUGGAACCUGUAUCCUGA